AUGGCAGCUCGUCUCGGGAUAUUUCUGGCAAUCUUAUGCGAUUGCCUCGUCGCAUGCGCGGCAAGCGUGUUCAAAAAGCCCAAAGGGCUGAAAUUCAAGAGAUACAUGAUCCACAGCUUUCUCAGAUCAGCUUCAUUCCGUGAUCCAGAUAAGCAGCUGCUGAAGCGCCGACCAACAACGACCGAAGCAUACAGAACCACCGUCCAAAAGCACAGCUUGACACCGGAUAUUGUUGCCAUAGAUAAUGACGCGGAUAUUCUCUGGCUAUCGAAGCCCCAAAGGAGCUCUGGGAAGACACUCCUCUAUUUCCAUGGAGGGGCCUAUGUCAACCCUGCCCAUCCACAACACAUCGAAACGCUCAUUGAUUGCAUGAAAGCAUGCCAUGCUCAAAACCUCGAGCUCUCAGUGGCUAUUGUCGCCUACACCAUUGCUCCCGCGGGUGUAUACCCAUUGCAACUUCGUCAAGCAGUCAGUGCUUUGCGAUAUCUGACCGAAACAGCCCAGAUUGCACCGUCUGAUGUUCUCAUCGCAGGAGAUUCGGCAGGUGUAAAUAUCAUCUUAGCUCUUCUUUCUCAUCUGGCUCAUCCUCAUCCUGAAAUCCCCCCAAUUGAUCUCCAUGACGAGAAGCUGGGAGGGGCGUUGUUGAUAUCACCCUGGGUGACGUUCGACACGACUGCAGCAUCUAUGAAAUACAAUUUCUAUCAUGACCAUGUGCACCCAGGGCUUCUCGAUAUAUCCGCAAAGAAGUUCCUGGGCGACUCAGAGACAGAUGCGUACAACGAGCCUCUCAAAGCCCCAGCGGACUGGUGGAAAGACUUACAGACCCAGCAACUCAGCAUCCUAGCCGCUGAAUGCGAAAUCUUUUUCGAUGACAUUAUUGCCUUUGCAGAUAAAGUCAAGAUUCAUAACCCCCAGACCCAGGUUUUGAUUGCCUCUGGUGAAGUUCAUGUGCAAAUGGUCAUGGACAAGAUCUUAAAAGUGCCUAGUCCCAAAUCUCAAAGGUAUUUUGAGCAGUGGUUGGAAGAGCGGCUGCGAGACUAA